CUUUAUUGGACAUCUGAGAAUAAAGAAAUUGAUGAAUUAAUUCGUCAUACUCAACUUAAUGCCUCACAAACUUGCGAUUAUUUGGAGUGGAUCCCGUUCGAGAAAUUUGAAAUGGUAAAAUACAUUGGUAGUGGUGGAUUUGGUAGUGUCUAUUCAGCACUUUGGAUGGAAGGACCAAGAUGGAAUUGGGAUGAUGGUGCGCAAGAGUGGGCUCGAGCUGGCCCUAUGACUGUUGCUUUGAAACGUCUUGAAAAUUCACAGAAAAUUUCGAGUUCUUUCAUUAAUCAGAUUAAAACGUAUCACAAAUGCUUGCAAUCGGCAUCGUUGGCUGAGACAUUUGGAAUUACAAAGGAUCCAACAUCUAAUUAUAUGAUAGUUAUGAAGUAUUACGAAAAUGGUAACUUAUAUCAAUAUCUAGACCGUUCUAAUGGAAUUCUUUCCUGGAGAGAUAUGAUUGAUAUGUUGUGGGGAAUAGCUGGAGGUCUUGAAAGAAUCCAUGCUGAAGGUAAAGUUCAUAAGAAUCUUCACGGAGGAAAUUUACUUAUUGAGGACGAAAAAAUUUCAACUGACGCACGUAUUGGAGAUGUGGGCCUUUAUGGACCAAGCUAUAAUAUUGAAAAUAUUAAAAAUGAAAAUCCCAAUCAAAUUUAUGGGGUUUUGCCAUACGUUGCACCGGAAGUUUUACGUGGUAAGAAUUACAGUACAGCUUCCGACAUAUUUUCAUUUGGUAUUAUCAUGAAUACUCUUGCAACUGGGCAAAGACCUUGGUAUAAUAGAGCACACGACUAUAAUUUGGCAAAUGAUAUAUGUAACGGUUUAAGACCUGCAAUCCCAGAUGAUACACCAAAAUUUUAUGCAGAUUUAAUGGAACAAUGUUGGGAUGAUGAACCAGAAAACCGUCCGACUGCAUCUUAUUUAUAUAAAAAACUA